UACAUUCGGUGGUGAGGUUCAGACGAGGACAAAAUCCGGUGAAUUGGGUUUUUUUCACCCCGUGCUGCCUCUUUAAGGACAGGUAACUACGAGUUAAAAGGAGAAACGAGGAGUUUUAGUUCGCGCGGACCCAGAGUGAACCUCGGCCGAGACCCAGAGGGCUGAGAGCCGCUUCAGCCAAACGUCGCCGGAAGAUUUCAGCGCUUUUUAUAGCAGACCGCGAUUUAACAGAAACUGGGACGCCUCCAAUUUGCUUUCGUCCUCUAAAGCAAGGCUGAUUACAUGUUUUCAGUGACAGUCAGGAGAUAAGAACAUUCAGAGGACUUUUGGAGUGGAAGAUUCCUGGAGGAUCACUGACUGGGUGGAGGUUUGGUGUGGAGUAGGGAAAGAAGCACGGUGAAGCCUCGUUUCUUCCCCUGAAUAGUGAGUGAAGACCCCCUGGGUGUCGAUGCUCCGGCUCGGAUAGGUCCAGGCACUGCAGACUCCCAGCAUACCACUGACAGCUACAAAAAACUGGUUAUCCUCCUUCAGGCGUGCAAAAGGAGCUGGCAGCAGAUGAUAGAAAGUGAAAAAAUGGGCUGGGCCACCUAGCUUUCCCUUUGUGGGCGCUCGUGCUCGUGGCUGGUGACAAUAGGAGAGCGAGAGAGAGACGUAGAGAGAGAGAGAGAGAGAGAGAGAGAGAGCUUCACGCGCACACGCUGAACUGGAGCACAGUCUGUGGCGUCCUUUACCAAAACGGCUCCGGUCGACAGCUUAAGGUUUCUGUGUAUCUAGCAUAUGUAGCCGUUUCUGAGGCGGCCGCUUUUACUUUUCCUCACAAACUGGCAUUGGUCUCCUCUCGUGUGUGGGCAGCUGUAGCUGAGAUUGAGAUACACAUCAACCCGAACAGCAGACCCCUACAGAGGCAGAAGGCAGGAGCGGCAGUGGAGACACCGAGAUUGGAUUUGUUGGCGUGGAAGGAGGAGGGCGACCAUUGGAUACGGGAGUGGAGUGGUGUGUGGGCUUUAAACGGACCCUAAAUAAGCUAAAUAAGGAUUCAGAAACGGAUGUUCUUCUCUUGGCGUAAAGGAUACACCCCGUUCAGAGCGCAGUCGGUGCAGAGGAGGUGAAGGAAGGAGCAGCCUUGGAUAGACCUCAGUAUCCCCAGUAUACAAUACCCACUGGAGCCUGGUCUAGUCUGGGCACAAGGAAGUUUCAUUUUCUCUCGUUUUGGAGCGUUACUGGGGGAAACGUGACGGCAGCAAUGGAUCUGCGAUGGCUGGUUCUAGCCUCUGCUCUUUUAGCAGGAGUGAGUACAGCCCAGAGAGUAGUCUCAGUGCAGCCUGGACCCCUGGUCCGAACUGAGGGCUCCCACGUGACCAUCUGGUGUAAUGUGACCGGCUAUAAAGAGGGAGUGGAGCAGGACUUUGAAUGGUCCAUGUACCUGCACACUGCUCCAGACAGGGAGAUCCGUAUAGUGAGCACAGCCCAGCCCAACUACGCCUAUGCCGUGUACUCUCAGCGAGUCAACACCAGAGAGAUAUAUGUGGAAAGACUGAGUGGAGACUCUGCUCUUCUUCACAUCACUAAGCUGCAGGCCAAGGACCAGGGUGUUUUUGAAUGUUACACGCCCAACACGGACGGCCAGUACUUGGGCACCUACAGCGCCCGGACCAACCUCACUGUGAUUCCAGACACACUGACCGUGAUGUCGUCUGCUCAGUCUCUGUCCAAGGUGGAGGGGGACAUCCUGCAGCUGAGCUGUGAGGUCACUCGCCAGACUUCUCAGCAUACACACCUCGCGGUAGGCUGGUACCUUCGCUCCCCAGAUGACCCCAGUGCCCAGCCACGCGACCUGGUCACCCUGUCUCGGGACUUUGUGCUGAGGCCGGGCGGCCCAUACCGCCAGCGCCUCACCUCUGGAGACCUGCGGCUGGACAAGACCAGCACUACCACCUACCGCCUCACCAUCUACAAGCUGCAGCCCACUGAUCAGGGCCAGUUCUACUGCGAGGCCUCUGAGUGGAUCCAGGACCCAGACCGUUCCUGGUACGCCAUGACACGCAAGCAGUCUGAGAAGACUUCAGUCAAAGUUCAGCCCACAGACCGGGACUUCAGUAUCCAGGUGACCACGGAUCGCCGGGCCUACACGGCGGGUGAGCCGCUGGAGCUCCGCUGCACCAUAGACGCUCAGAACGUUGCUGAGCGCUACUUCUCGGUGUCGUGGGUUUUCAGCAGCUCAUCCGUAGCCGUGGUGGGGCCCAGCGCCGUGCCUGUCCUGGGGGCCAACUACAUUGAGCGCGAGGCCGCAGGUCUGCUGACCAUCCGUAAAGAGAGCCCGUCCGUCCACCUGCUCAAACUGCAGAGGCUGCUGACCGAAGACGCUGGCAAAUACAUCUGCAGAGUGACUGAGCGGGAGAAGACUCCCACCGGGGAGUUCAUCGACCGCAGCAAACGAUCCCGCAAUGUUCAGAUCACUGUGACCCCCCAGAGUAGUAAUAUCAGCGUGUCAUUGUCCAGUAACUCCUCUGAGGUGAUGGAGGGAGAGCACAUCCUCUUGACUUGUUCUGUAUACUCCACGCUGGGGCCUCUGUCCAUACUCUGGCAGUGGAUAGAUAAAGACGCUAGCGGUCCUGCUGUGGAUGUGGUGGCAGUGGACCGUGACGGCACCGUGCAGCCUGGACCAACAUAUCUGGAGCGCCACAGCUAUGGAGAGGUCCACGCGGAGCGCAUCCGAUCAGACACCUUCACCUUGACUCUGCAUAACGCAUUCCCCUCAGAUGAUGGCCAGUACCUCUGCAGCGCCACUGAGUGGCUCCAGACUGGCAGCACACCUGACUGGACUUGGCAGCAGAUCGGCGAGAAGGCCGCCACCAAGACCAUCACGGUCAAAUCUGUUGAGUCGUCCUUUUUCGUCUCGGCCUCGUCUCGCACCCCCAGCGUGACGUUUGGUGAUUCCUUCGAUCUGCAGUGCAUCGUGAAGUCACGACACAACCCCAGCGUUCCGGCCUCUGUCACCUGGCGCUUCCAGGCAGCAGAGGGUGACGGUGAGUUCCGGGACGUGGUGACGUUUACAAGGGACGGCACCCUGCAGUGGGGGGAGCAACUGCUGGGCCUUGGCACCCGCACUUCAGUGGACCGGACACGCAGCAACACCAACUUCCGCCUCAGUGUGACCCAGGCUGGACGCAAGGAAGCAGGAACGUACCAGUGCGCUGCUGUUCUAUACCGCAGGAAUUACAACGGCACCUGGAAAACCAUCGCAAACCGAACAUCCAAUCUGCUUGGCAUCAGCGUACUGCAGCCAGUGAGCAAGCUGCGGGUUCACAAGUCUAACCAGAGCCUGCAGUUUUUGGAGGACAGCCGUGUGCGGAUCAACUGCUCCAUUGCCUCACAGACCAAUGAGGAGUCACAGCAUGCUGUGCUGUGGUACGCCCGGAAGGGUGAGGCGGGUGAGCCAGAUGAGCUACUGCUAAAGAUCGAGCGGACAGGGGCGUUUGAGUAUGGUGUGUAUGCGGAGGAGGAGCGCCUGCGUAGUCGCGUGCAGUCCGAGCGCCUCUCACCCCACCUGUAUGGCCUUACUCUGCACCACGCCGAGACCAGCGACUCUGGGAUAUAUUACUGUCUGGUGGAGGAGUGGCUCAUGGAUCCAGAUGGAGCGUGGUACCGCCUGGCCAGAGACUCAUCUGGCUUCACACACGUAGUGGUGAGGCAACCAGGGGUCAAAUUGCAGUUGGAGGAUGUGGUAUCUAACAUGACAGUUCCCGAGUCUGGAUCAAUCCGUUUGAACUGCAAUAUAAAUUCCCAGUCCUCUAAAGACUCUCGCUUCUCUGUGUCAUGGUACGUGUCCCACUCUGAGAAUGAAGAGGAGGAUGACCAGGAGUGCAUUUUCUCCAUUGGGCAUGACUCUGUGUUUGGCAACGGAAACUGCAGUCCUACAGGUGAACCAGGCCGUUUGCAGUUUGAACGCCCUGCCUUGGACGCAUACAGCUUGACCAUCCAGAGAGCACGCCCUGGAGAUGCAGGGAGGUACUACUGCCGUGUAGAGGAGUGGCUGCUGAACACACGCAACAUCUGGUACCGCCUGGCUAACAACAACUCUGGAGCCACCGUUGUUAAUAUCCUGGAGCAAGUCUCUACCCUGCAGUCAGUGGUGUGCUCCAACAACUCGCUCUUCUAUUUUGUGUUCUUCUACCCUUUUCCCAUCUUCGGCAUCCUGCUCAUUGCUGUUCUGCUGGUGCGCUACAAGAGUCGCAACUCCAACAAGAACCAGGAGGGCAAGAACGGCGCACCCCUGCUGUGGAUCAAAGAGCCCCAUCUGAGUUAUUCUCCCACCUGCCUGGACCCCCCUGCUCUCAGCCUCCACCCUGGCUCUGUGGAGUAAGAGUGGCUGAACAGCACCCUCUUCCUCACUCAUCCACUCUCUCUUGCUCUUUUUCUUGCUCUCUCCCUCCUGUUCCUUGUCCAUGACAAAGCCACCAGGAAGCAUUCUGGGCUCCUGACUUCCAUCUGGGCCCUGUCAAUCCAUCCAUAUGGCUGACUUAACCCUUCCUCAGUUUGGUGUUGCCAUGGCUACAGUGACUGCCAGUGGAAAAGCCUUGACAUUUGGUUCAGUUGUUUAGAGGAUUUUCUUUUUCUACUGUCUUCACACCCUAAUAUCUGGACUUUGUUUAUAAUGUAACAUUGCCCUCUCCUGAGCAGAAGUGCCUGUGGGUCUUAGCACAUUAGUUUCUUUGACACACAUGGUCAAUACGCCACCUUCAGCCGCCCUUGUGGCCUACACUCCCGGAUGAAGAAAAUUGUUAUUUGCUUUUGUUUUCUCUUUUGAAUGUGUGGUAUGAACUUCUUUUUUUCUCCAAUUUAUGAAGUCUGGUGUAUACCUCUUAAUUAGUAUUAUUUGUUUGUUUUUUUUUUCUCUCUUUUUUGCUAGUGGUUCUUUGUUUCAGAAGACUGCCUUGUUAACCUACUGGCCUGUGAAAGUCUCAAGAGGGAAUAAUGCACACCCAGAGUCGCGUGACCCCUCCAGAUGAAUUCUUGGAAAGAAGGCAGUGAUUAUGCAUUCUUGAUUGGGAGUGUGCCACAGAACUGCUCUCAGACCUAUCUCCGUUUGGACUGACAAAACGGAGAGAAGGGUCCUCGCCUCCCUCUGAGUCUAGGAACGCUGUAUCAGACUCAUCCUCACUGCCAAAGACCCACUAACACUUGGCCAAACUCUCAUGCUGAUUCUCAGCCAUUAGAGACUAAUGAGCUUGUCCAUGUGCAGAAACUAGUGACUUGAUUAGGGUCCAUUACAUUCCUCUCUAUAUGCCUUCUGACAUUAAGAAGGUGGACAUUACACAAGACACUUGCUCUGUCCUGCAGUUUCAUUAGUGUUCAGGUGCUCCUGCUAGCGGAUAUGUUUUUGCUUUGUUUGAUAUUGUGCAGUUUGUUUUUUAUUAUUACUGUUAUUAUUUCUCUUAGACUUCUCUUGAACUAGGGUGGGGGGGAUUUUUAAAGCCUCCCUCAAAACACCUCCUAACUCCAGCUUGCUGGCCCAUGAGGUGUAUAAGCGAUGUGUGAGGAAAGUAAGCACUGUCGCAAUGCCUUGCCUCCUACUGUGAAUAUUUCACCUAUGUCACCUCACCUUUGGAGUGCUUGGCUGUGUGGAGAUUGAAACAUGAUCAUGAGGACUUUUCUGAGUCAGCGCCAAACAUGGGACUUUUCCCUCCAUCCUUCCCCAUAUUGAAACCUGCCUAUUGUUAGUAAGCAAGAGAAGAUUUGAGAGAGCUCCCAAAGCCUGCUGAGAAGACGAGGGACAAUCUUAGUGCCAAGACCUUUUUUUAAUUGUUAUCUGUGCUCUGCAAAAGUGGCCAGUAGGACAGCAAAGCCCAUUGACUUAAGAAUACUGUGUAAAUAUGACUGCCCAGCUCCUGCUAGGGGCCUGUGGGCUAUGUAGGCUCUUUUAGAGCAGUUUUUAAUGCUAGUGCUCAAACUAGUCACCAAAUCUUCAUAAACUCUAAGACACGACUGAGAUUAUCCCUGUAAUUUUGAGUGGUUAUGUUUUGGCAUGGUGCCUAUCACCUUUAUUACUAUUUACAGCAAAAACACUUCUUUUAAAUCUCAUUUAUUUAUUUCAUAAAAUGCUUUAAAGGGGAAUUCCAUCAAAAACAUAAUUGCAGUCUUCUGCUCUUUUUGGGGUGAUUUUGAUACUUUAGUUAAGUGAAGUGUAUAAUUAUACAGGAGAAUAAAUGUAUCUCCCUCAGGCAGGCUGCUUAGCUUGUUAGCUUGUGUAAGAUUACGCAAAAUUUUUACCUUAGCUUGCUAAAGCAAUGGAAUUAAAUGUACAAUCAUUCACAGACAUAAACACACUAAACUGCUGUUAAGCUGGGUUUUGUCUAAAUCCAUUUUAGAUACAGACUGGCAAUAAUUGUAUGCUGAAAGCCUGUGGGAGGUGUAUUUCUGUGCUUCCCUGGAGUUCACGUGAAAUCUAUUAAAUUGAAAGCACAGCAAAGGAAUCUAAAUGCUUACAUACAUAAAUGGUAUAAUACCCUUUUUAUGCAGGCUAAAUAUAUCAUUUUAUAGCUGAAAGUGUGCAACCAAACCAACCUGACCUAAUAUUUAUUUUACUGCACCGCCAGAUGGUUUUGACAACACGGACAGUAAGAUGGUAAGAUCAAUGCUAUUUUAAACAGAUUAAAACUGCAUUACUUGAGCAAAGAUGUAAUCUUUCAGUUCAGCAUUCAUGUUUGAAUCCUACAGCUUUAAAGCUGUAAUGUGAAAGGGACCCUGGUUGUGUUUUUCAAAGAUUCCCUCCUAUUUUUUUUUUUUUUCCAAUUCUUUAUGUUUGAUUGUACUGAGCCUGAUCAUUUGUUCAGUUCUAAAAGCUUCGCCCAUGAAGGAUAGCACUGCAUGUGUUAUUUGGUAAGAGCUACAUGCAGUUUCAAAAGCACGGUCGUUUAAUCUCCAUACAGACAGAAAGAAGGGCCUUGUUCUCUAGAAACCAAGUGCUGUUUUCAUCUGUUUCCUGGAUUUGGCCUGGUGUCAGGCUUUGACAGGCAAUUGCCACAGGCGCCUAUAUCUGGUACUGGAAACAUCACGUCUUCACUGUAAAUGCACAAAAAAGGCAGUCACAAUAUUGAAUCCACUUGAAAUUUGUGGUUGUCUUGUUUAUUUAUUGAAAUUUACUGUAAAACAUUAGUUAGAUUGUGUGAACUUCAUGAAUUUGCAUAGAUAGACAGACUUGGCACGGACCUUGGAUAAUAAAGCCACUGUUUCUCUUCUGUGUGCGCUGACGGGGGGGGUAGUAUGAGCGGUGGUCUGUGAGUGAUGCAGACAGCGUGUGGGGUUUCUCAUAGAUCUCCACGCAGAGCUGUCAGUUCUCUCUAUUUCUUUUCUCAGUCGUGUCAAAUUGUAUAGUGCAUGAUGAAGGAGGAGGCAUUUUGAUGUUUUGAACUCUUGAGCGUUGUGUUUUGUGACAUCACGCCAGGCUGCUGCCACCCUCUCCGUCUCCUGACUGUUGUGGGUUAUUUAUACGUUCAGUCUCGAAGGUUUCUCUUGACACCACAAGGGUCUACAUUCCUCCUCAGCGGUAGGGACUUGGCCGUAGGAUCUGGCCAUUUUAUCAGUCUUUGAAAUUGACCUACCCCUGAUCUUCCUGUAAGAACCUUGGCAGUAGCAGCUGAUCUUUUUAUUAGACUCUGAAAUUGACAUCUGAUCUGCCCACAGAGACAUUGUUCUCCUAGGUGUUGAGAGCUUGUAGAAUCUUAUUUAACUCUGUGUAUUUAGAUUAGUGAUAAGAAAGUCCUUACAGGAAAGUCUGUCCACUCAGCUGCCUCUUGGCAAUUAUUUCCUCCAGGCAGUUAUUCCUACUCCUACAAGAUCAGGCUCUAUCUCUUUAAGGAUCUAUCUCUUUAAACACGGAGAGACCUAUAAACCCCGAACUAAAUCGGAAAGUUAAUUUUUUAAAAACAUAUUGAAAUCACUGGUAAAUCUGAUAAAAACAGCAAAAAUAGUUUGCACCGUUCUGUCAAAUAACACACAAAAACACAAUUUUACUGCGCAUUCACAGAUCUCCACAUGAGGGGUAGCUUUUUCUACUUGCAGCACAAUCGCCAGGACUAUUGGCUAAUUUUUUUUCAAAGGGUGGGACUUUCCCCCUAAACAUUUGCCAUGUUGAGCGUUAUGAGCUUUUGCAUUUAAAUUACAUCCAGUUAACUGUCUCCAAAGAUAAUGUCCCUGGAGAUCAUGCUCCUCGCACACAGAAAAGGAGCAUCUGAUAUCUUUUGCAUAUAAAGCUAGCCACAAGUCUCUGGAUUUUUGAUUAGCUAUUGGCACCUCUGUGGAUACACACUUCAACACAGUGCUUUUAUCACUCGGACGUGAAAUUAAAGUUUUGUUUUUCCAGUUAAGUUCUAGUCAGCAACCGUGAACAACUGCCUGGACAUCAUGAUGAAAAUUUUGUCUUUCUGAGCAAAAGACAUGCAUGAUUUUUACAAUCAUCUCCCCCUACAGGCUGCUCCAAAAAAGUAGGCCGUGAUUGGUCGUUUUGCAUGUCAAUCAAAUGACCUCUUCCUCACAAAGUAGGCAGUUUUUGGCAAUGUGGUGAGAAAAGUACCAGACUGGACUAUGGGCCUUAUUGUUGAAGAUAAUUGGGACUUAGCAGGUUGGAAAUGACAGAAAUUUUCACCAUGCUAAUGUUGAAUACACAACAACAUUGUGACUAUUGAUGCCCAUACAAAAUAAAUAUUUAAAAUUACUAACAUGCUAUAAAAUCUCACAUUCUGACAAAAAUGGAGUUGUUUUUUUGUCAACAUUCUAUAAAGCGCACCCCCAACAGUUGCUAUGAACACAUAAUACGUAAUGACACACAACACAUGGACGAAACUUACUUUCCUGUCUAUGUCUAUGCCUUGUAGGCUGUGUAUGAGACCCUAUACCUUUAACAAAAGAACAACAAAGUGACAGUUACACUUUGCAGGCAACAUUUGUCUCCCACUAAUUUGAAAUACGAUCGUGUCCCGUCACAGGUGUGUCUGUCCUGGUGGUUUUGCCCACGGCUGCUCUGAGCAGGAGAUGGAGGGUGUGGCACUGCUAUGUGAUGUCGCAGUGCCGCCGUCGUUCAAGCUGUACAGAAUUACUCUAAACUCUGACUAGUGUUUUUGUAGUUCAGCGUACUCAGCUGACCCAUAACAUCCUCGCAGUGUUGUAGAUGUGUUCUGAGGGCUGCAUGUCAUGGCUAUGUACUGACUCCAGAUUAGCUGUGGAAUUAAAAUAUAAAAAUUACAUUGUGGUGAUGUGUGUUCAGUUCAGCCAGUGAUGCUUUUUUCAAGUGACGUGUUUUUAUGGUUUCUUUUUUUUUUUUUUUUUUUUUUCCAGUUACAGAAAUAGUGCACUGAAAAGAAGGCCGUAGCUUUUUUAUGCUUUUCUGUGUUUUGUUGUAAUAUGUUUU